AGGCUCCAGUUCGGACUGAGCGGCCUGGGAGCCCUGGGGACAGAAGACAGGGCAUUUUCUAAACUUAAUUCUUCUCCCUCAGCUCAGUGAUAACCAAAUCUCUGAGAUGCUAGAACCUCAAGUCCCACCCCACACCUCCCCCGGUGGCCACCCACCGCCACGUUCGUGCUGGCAGAGAGCCGUAAAGCCUUGAAUCACAGACUCACUGCCCUUCUGUCUGCUUCUCUCAGGUGAGCAGGUGGUGAGCGCCAGCCAGGUUGUAGCAGCCACCGACCACAGAGGCCCAGGCGAGGCGCCGCUCACGGUGUGGACAUGGAGGACCUUCUCCGUCUGCCCAGCUGCAUGCAGAGCAGACCCGCACCGCCUCCAGUGCUGCCUGCGCUGAAUUCUGAUCUUACAAACAUCUGGCUUGAUUCAAACAGCAUCACCUGUCUCUCUAGAGAUGGAUUCACAGUUCAGGUCGGGUUUCUGUGAGCCGUGUGGCCAACCUUGACCGGGGCACACCUAGGGAUACGGACAAGACCGCCCCCGUGCUCAUCUGUGGCAUGGAGACGCACCCGGCCGCUUAUAACAGCAGCUCCCCGGGGCUCGGUGUGUCGCCCGUGCCCCCUGGCAGCGUCCUGGCAAACCAGACAGGCGAGCUCUCCGAGCACCAGCAGUAUGUGAUCGGGCUCUUCCUCUCCUGCCUGUACACCAUCUUCCUCUUCCCCAUCGGCUUCGUGGGGAACAUCCUGAUUCUGGUGGUGAACAUCAGCUUCCGGGAGAAGAUGACGAUCCCCGACCUGUACUUCAUCAACCUGGCGGCGGCCGACCUCGUGCUGGUGGCCGACUCCCUGAUCGAGGUGUUCAACCUGGAUGAGCGGUACUACGACAUGGCGGCGCUGUGCACCUUCAUGUCCCUCUUCCUGCAGGUCAACAUGUAUAGUAGCGUCUUCUUCCUCACGUGGAUGAGCUUCGACCGCUACCUCGCGCUGGCCAAGGCUGUGCGCUCCGGCCCGUUCCGCACCAAGCACCAUGCCAGGCUGAGCUGCGGCUUCAUCUGGAUGGCCUCUGUGUCCGCCACGCUGGUGCCCUUCACGGCGGCGCACCUGCAGCACACGGACGAGGUCUGCUUCUGCUUCGCGGACGUCAAGGAGAUCCAGUGGCUCGAGGUCACCCUGGGCUUCAUCAUCCCCUUCGCCAUCAUUGGCCUGUGCUACUCCCUCAUCGGCCGGGUCCUCGUCAAGGCCCACAAGCACCGAGGCCUGCGCCCGCGGAGGCAGAAGGCGCUCCGCAUGAUCUUCGCCGUGGUCCUCGUCUUCUUCGUCUGCUGGCUGCCGGAGAACGUGUUCAUCAGCGUGCACCUCCUGCAGCGCACGCAGCCAGGAGACGCUCCCUGCAAACAGUCUUUCCGCCACGCAUACCCCCUAACCGGCCACAUUGUCAACCUGGCGGCUUUCUCCAACAGCUGCCUGAACCCCCUCAUCUAUAGCUUUCUGGGGGAGACCUUUAGGGACAAACUGAGGCUGUACAUCGAGCAGAAAGCCAGCAUGGCGGCCCUGAGCCGCUCCUGCCACGCCGCCCUGAAGGUGGUCAUUCCAGAGAGCACCCGGCAGUCAGACGCCAAGGUCAGCAGCGCGGUGUAGAGACAGCAAGCUGUGCCAGCAGAGACCAAACGCUGUGUCACCCGCACGGCAAGGCGAAGGAAGGGCUGGGCCACACCACGCCCUGAACCCACAUGGAGCGUGCCGGACCGUCCGCGCCCCAGCAGCAGGCACGCCUGGGCUCCGAGGGGCCGUCACCGCAGGCCACCUUGACCUAGGGCCAUGAGCACAGCACUGGGGCUCCCCACCCCUGCUCAUAGCAACAGGUCAUGGCGCUGGUGGAUAGGGAUAGGGACCGGCAUGGGCUCCUCUCGGCACGCCCUGUGUCCUGCAGAAGACAUUUCUCAGGUUGGUCAACGAAAGCAGAAAGAUGGGGACACUUUGGAGGAAAUACCUCAGUUCUGAGGUCAAUCUGCCAUAAAUCUGCCAUCCUUGGGAAAAAUGAAGUCCGGACAGAACACAGGGAGCAGAUCUGACUCAGACGGUGUGGUCCGCUCUCCAUGUCUGUGGUAUGUGGCUUCCCUGCAGUACCCACAAGUGUGCUUGGGUAAGAGAGGCACGGAGAGGCGCUUCUCUUGUGCACCCCGCUCAGAACAGCUGCUCGCCAACCCGGGCUGAGCAACCCCAAGCGUCUGGGCUGCCUCAGCCAGAAGGAUCCUCUCCAGCCAGAGAGCCGCCAGCCCACCGCUGACUAUGGUCCUAUCUGCACCCACACCACCAUGGACUGAGACCACGAGAGUGCAGGUCAGGGGGAGUGGUGUGUGUGGUAAAAAGCUGGCCUCUGAGAACAAUGGUGGGGGCGAAGAGGAAGGCAAUGUAAACAGUUCUCCCUAAAACGUAGAAGAUAAAACCUCACGACCGCUAGGAAUGUUGAGGCUUUGUCAAUAAAACAGUCACAUGCUGA